CUUAUUCACAGUUUCCGGCUUUGUGUCAUAGUGUGAAAACCUCCGACGAUCAACAUGGCGGCUCCACAAGAAUCUGCACAAGUUCCUAGAAAUUUUAAACUGUUAGAUGAACUAGAUCAGGGUCAGAAAGGGUCAGGAGAUGGCAGUAUAAGCUGGGGAUUAGAUAAUGACGAUGAUAUGAGUCUGACAUACUGGAAUGGAAUGAUUUUAGGUCCACCAAGAACACCAUUUGAAAGUAGAAUUUACUCGCUUAAGUUAGAAUGUGGGCCGCAGUAUCCAGAUAGACCCCCCACAGUCAGGUUCGCCACGAGGAUUAAAAUGACCUGUGUAAAUGAAUCAUCUGGAGUAAUCGAUACAAAAAAACUAGAUAGUAUGAGAAAUUGGAAUAGAAACAUGUCAAUAAAGGCUAUUCUACAGGACAUUCGACGCCAAAUGACGCUGAAAGAGAACAGUAAAUUGUCUCAGCCUCCAGAAGGAAGUUUGUUUUGAUCAAACAAGACAUUAACAGAAAAAAGUGCUAGUAUUUUUUUGAAAACUAUGACUGGAAUGUCAUUAGAGGAGAAUGGUUUGAAGACUUCUGGUGUAUUAAUACACAAAAUAAUUUGCAAUUUUAAACAAAUAUCGAAAUGAAAAAUUGAAGGGUAAAUCUUCUUCCGAUUACGAUCAUGUUAAGACACGGUACAAACUUGAUCUUGCUUUAUGGGAAAUGAGAUUGCUUUCUUAUUUACAGGCAUCUGGCAUUGUACAGUCCUGAGUUAUCAAAUUUAAGCAUAAGUAUAAAUUGCUCGUGGAAAUAGAAUAUUUAUCUAGUGUAUAUUGCAUUCAUGUUAAAUGUGCAUUAAAUUUGUAGGGAAUUUAUAGAAGAAAUGUCAGAAAAAAAAUCAGUACUAGUAAAGUGUUAUUUAAAAGUGUGUAAGUUUCCAAGCUUGCAAGAUACAUGUAUUACUUAGUAUAUUGAUGAAUAAGUUAUCUUUAUGAAUAUGAAUAAUUCAUUAAAAAUACUUAACUCAUUCAAUUGUGUCUAAAUUAUUUACAUCAAAUACCUCAGUUAAUAAAUGUUGAAGGCAUGAUGUUGUUGACGGGCAUAGCAAAAGAUGUAAUUCCAUAAAUGUCUAAUCAGGUUUUCUCUCUUAAUACACAUAUAUGCAAGUAUUAACAAAUUUCUUAUCUUCACCAGAAAUGUUCAUAAAAAAUGGAGAGAAAUACAGAAAAUGAAAUAACUUGGCUCACAAGCUCGUUACUUAUUUUUUUCUUGCUACAGCCAACAGUAAUUACAUGUAAAGAAUCAGUGCAGUCUUUUCAUUGGUAUUAUAUGUACACAUACAUGUUGAUUGUUUCCUAUGACUUUUAGUUGCUGAGUGACAUAAAACUCUCCCCCUUGGUAGACGACACCCUGCUUCCUUGCAUGCAGGGGUACAUGUGUUUUGACAUUUGAUGCUUUAGUUGUUAACCUUUCAUAUGAUGAAUGCUGAUUGACACAUGUAUUUGGUUCAUUGUCCUUACUCUUGAUGAAGUCAAUAAACUUAUCACAUAA